GGCCCGGCCGGCGGGACAGGGAGAGGCACCGGGAGAGGCACCGAGCCCGCCCGGGCCCCGCCAUGGACAGCGGCACCGCCGCCAUGGACUGCCAGGCGGACCCCGCCGCCGGCGACGAGCCCGCCGAGCCGCCCGCCAUGGACACGGAGGACGGGCCGGGCGCCGCCGGGCACCACGCGGGGGCGCGGGGCUGGCAGGGCCCCCCGCCCCGCCCCGCAGCCCCGCAGGGACCCCGCGCCGGAGCGGCCGCGGCCCGGCCCGGAGCUCGCGGGAGGAGAGCGGACCGCGCUGUGCCAGGGCUCGGGAAGGGCCGUGGAAGCGGAGGCGGAGCCGCGGGGCUCUGCCCGCUGGGAGCCCGGCGCCGGGAGCGCCCCGCGGGGCACGGCGAGCCCUCGGGCGCCCGUCGGCGCCGAUCCCGCGGGGAUGGAGCUGGAUGA